AACCAGCCGCAAAUCUCAGCUACUUGCGCAACUCGCUGCAGAGGUGGAAACUGAGGAAAAACGCUUGGAGCUAAUGGAGAACACCGAGGGGCAACAUUCAAGCGGCUUGUUCCGACGGGCCAGAGCAAACCGUCUCACGGCAUCCAAUUUUGGAAAAAUUUUUAAAUUGGAUGCUGCCACUCACCCACACAACACUGUUCGGCGGCUUCGUAACCCGACUGAUUUAUCAAACAACGCUGCAGUAAAGUACGGACUUCACGGCGAGGACUUAGUGAAACAAAAAUUCAAAACACAAACUGGGCUUGCUGUGCGCAAAAUCGGCUUGUGCGUGAAUAAAAAUUGGCCUUACCUAGGAGCCUCACCUGAUGGAGCAGUGGGAGCAAAUGCAAUAAUUGAGAUAAAGUGCCUUUACUCAGCGAAAGAAAGGAAAAUAUUUGAUUUUGUAGCUGAGCGACAAGGCGUAGACGAGCGCGGCGAACAGAUCAUGGAAAAUGGCAAGAAGAAGAAAAAAGACAAAUUUUCAUCAGUGUGCUUGGAAAUCUUUGAGGGCAAAUUGCGACUGAAAAGAAAACACGACUAUUUUUUCCAAAUUCAAGGACAGCUUGCAAUAAGCGAAAAGGAGAAAUGUUAUUUCGUGGCAUCAACCGACGUCGACUUGUUCGUAGAGGAAAUUCUUCCCGACAAAGAACUCUGGGCUAACAUGGAAAGGAAGCUCAGCGAAUUUUACCUGGAUUAUUUGCUGCCUGAAAUCGUUGACCCACGCAUUAUUCGCGGUUUGACCGUUCGAGUGCCGCCACAAUAUGCUGAGGCUGCUGCUAAACGAGAGCAACAAAAAACCGAGAAGAGGAAGCCAAGGGAGAGAGAAUGAUAGGAACUGAAGCGUUUUUGUAAUUUAAAUUUUUUUUAUAUACUUUAAAAAAAAAUGUGCAGUUUAUUUGAUGAAAUUGGGAAAGAAAUACAUUAUCAUCUAUGUG